CGAGACACGAGAUUCUCUAUUACCCACAAAUCGCCCUUUCAAUUUCCUCUUCCGGUAAAACCGAGAUCCAUCAACAUGGUCCGGUAUGCAUCUGACCCAGAAAAUCCCUCUAAGUCUGCCAAGGCUAGAGGGUCAUAUCUGCGAGUCCACUUCAAAAACACAAGGGAAACCGCCCAGGCUGUGAAACACAUGCACCUGAAAAGGGCCAAUCGUUAUUUGAAGAAUGUAGUUGAGAAAAAGGAAAUUGUACCUUUCCGCAGGUUCAAUGGAGGUGUGGGCAGGAAGGCUCAGGCCAAACAGUUUAAGACCUCCCAGGGAAGGUGGCCCGAGAAGAGUGCCCAGUUUUUGCUUCAGCUUCUCAAGAAUGCUGAAAGUAAUGCUGAAUUCAAGGGUCUGGAUACCGAUCACCUGGUCAUUGAACACAUCCAGGUCAACAUGGCUCCCAAGAUGAGGAGGAGGACGUACAGGGCUCACGGACGUAUCAACCCAUACAUGAGCAGUCCCUGCCAUAUUGAGGUGAUCCUCACUGAGAGGGAACAGGCUGUUGCUCGACCCUCAGGGCGGGAAGAUGAACCCGUCAAGAAGAAGGUUUCUCAGAAAAAACUCAAGAGACAAAAGAUGAUGCAGAGAGAUUAAAUGUACAGCCUCAUGAGAAAAUAAAAAAUACUGGGUUA